CACAACAGCUCGAACUUGCUAGAAGAGAAAACCAAAGAUGUUAAUAUCGCUUUCUCUUUUUCUGUUAUUAUCAGGAUUUGUUCAUAUAGGAAGGAGUGUAGUGUCCAGCCAAGGAGCAUCAAAAGAUGAUGAGAUAAUAAACCAGAUUAAGGGCACAAACGAAGCCCUGGAUGAAAUUAAGCAACUGCUUAAACAACAGAUAGAGGAAAUUGUGUUUCUGAAGAACACUGUUAUCGAGUGUGAGGCCUGUGGCAUGCACACAGAUGUUCCAGUACGAAAACCGUCCUGUUCUCCCAAUCCCUGCCACCCAGGAGUGACUUGUACUGAGACGGUUAAUGGUAUCAGAUGCGGGCCAUGUCCUCAAGGCAUGGAGGGCAAUGGCACCUAUUGCACAGACAUUGAUGAGUGCACUGUGAAACCAUGCCAUAUGGGUGUGAGAUGCAUCAACACGUCUCCCGGGUUCCGCUGUGGUCAUUGCCCUGCUGGUUAUACAGGUCCCCAGGUGCAGGGAGUCGGACUUGACUAUGCCAUCGCCAACAAACAGGUUUGUCGAGACAUUAACGAGUGUGAGAGCUCAAAUGGAGGCUGUGUGGAGAAUUCCAUCUGUUUGAAUACAGCGGGGUCUUUCCGCUGUAGCCGCUGCAAGCCAGGAUUCAUUGGAGACCAGAUACAAGGCUGUAAGCCCGAGAGGGCAUGCGGGAAUGGGCAGAACAACCCUUGCCAUGCGAGUGCCGAAUGUAUCACCCAUCGGGACGGCAAUAUUGAGUGUGUUUGUGGAGUUGGGAUGGCUGGCAAUGGAUACUCGUGUGGAACUGACACAGAUAUUGAUGGCUUGCCUGAUGAACAAUUGCAGUGUUCUGACAGAAACUGUGCAAAGGACAACUGUCUGACAGUUCCCAACUCUGGCCAAGAAGAUGCUGAUAAGGAUGGCAUUGGAGAUGCCUGUGAUGAUGAUGCAGAUGGAGAUGGGAUCCUGAAUACAGAGGACAAUUGUGUGCUUGUGCCAAAUGUAAACCAGAAGAACACUGACCAAGAUGAUUAUGGAGAUGCCUGCGAUAAUUGUCGCUUAAUUAAAAACAAUGAUCAAAAGGACACCGACAUGGAUGGCAGCGGUGACGAAUGUGAUGAUGACAUUGAUGGUGAUGGCAUAAAAAAUGACAAGGACAACUGUGUGAAAGUUCCCAAUGCUGACCAGAUUGAUCGAGAUGGUGAUAAAGUUGGCGAUGCGUGUGACAGCUGUCCUUAUAUUCGCAAUCCUGACCAGAUGGAUGUUGAUAAUGAUUUAAUUGGUGAUCCUUGUGACACCAACAAAGACAGUGAUGGAGACGGUCACCAGGAUUCACGAGACAACUGUCCUGCAGUCAUAAACAGUUCUCAGCUUGACACAGACAAAGAUGGCAAAGGGGACGAGUGUGAUGAUGAUGAUGACAAUGAUGGCAUUCCAGACCUCCUUCCUCCGGGACCGGAUAACUGCAGACUCAUCCCGAACCCGCUACAGGAAGAUUGGGAUGGGGACGGAAUUGGAAACGUCUGUGAAAGAGACUUUGACAAUGAUACAAUCAUAGACACUAUUGAUGUGUGCCCUGAGAAUGCAGAAGUCACCCUUACUGACUUCCGGGCCUACCAGACUGUGGUACUAGACCCAGAAGGAGAUGCACAGAUCGAUCCAAACUGGGUGGUCCUUAACCAGGGAAAAGAGAUCAUUCAAACAAUGAACAGUGACCCUGGACUGGCUGUUGGUUACACAGCAUUCAAUGGUGUAGACUUUGAAGGGACAUUUCAUGUAAAUACAGUAACAGAUGAUGACUAUGCUGGGUUUAUCUUUGGCUAUCAGGACAGCUCCAGUUUUUAUGUAGUCAUGUGGAAACAGGUGGAGCAGAUCUACUGGCAAGCGAAUCCUUUCCGGGCUGUGGCUGAACCAGGAAUCCAACUAAAGGCUGUGAAAUCCACCACAGGGCCUGGGGAGAAUCUGCGGAACUCGCUGUGGCACACAGGCGAUACUGACGACCAGGUGAAGCUGCUGUGGAAAGAUCCGAGAAAUGUGGGCUGGAAGGACAAGACCUCUUAUCGCUGGUUCCUGCAGCACAGGCCGCAUGAUGGCUACAUCAGGGUGCGUUUCUACGAGGGCCCUAAGAUGGUUGCAGAUACAGGAAUCAUUAUUGACACAACCAUGAGAGGAGGUAGACUUGGAGUGUUCUGCUUUUCACAGGAGAGCAUCAUCUGGGCCAACCUGCGCUACCGGUGCAAUGAUACCAUUCCAGAGGACUUCGACACAUACAGAGCCCAACAAGUCCAGCUUCAGAUUUAGCCUCAGUCAUCGUCAAUGUCUCAAAUUCGUUUUCUCCGUGCCUUCCCAACAACAGGUGCUCCUCCUUAACCAGUGGUAUUUGGAGACGCACAGGGGUCCGUGAAGGAAUGCCUGGAAGUCCCAGAUUUUUUAUUUCAGUUACAGCAUUGGAAAUCACAACCUACCAUAGGGUUAUAAUUUUGAUCAUAACGUACCUUUACUUAAUAAAGUGUUAACGUGCAACUUGCAUAGAAUGAGUUUAAACCUAAACCUUGAACUUUAAAAAAAAAAAGAAACAUCAAAUAAUAUUCAGCCAAAAUAUAGUAUUGGUGCUAAAAAGUCUCACCUACUGUUGGUGAAAAAGUACAUUUUCAGAUCAUAUAACACCAUUUUCCGUAUUACUUAAUGCUUCUUAACUCCCGAUCAAUGCUUUUGUUUUUUUAUUUUAAAUAUGCAUACACAGUUAUAUUUUUAUCAGAUAAAAAGAAACACAUUUGCUAAAUACUGUUCAUGCCUUUUUAUGUACUGUCUGUAACUUUUUCAUGAUCUUUAAUGAUCUUAAUAGUCAUUUAGAGAAAAGUUGGCCAAUUUAGAUUUCACAUAAAAAGACAUAAACCUGAAAAAGUUGCUAAUUCUAAAAUGCAAAAUGUUAAGAUAUUGCAACAUGGUUACGAACACUACAGAUUUUAGCUUUUUAAGCUUUUACCGAAAAAACUUUAAAAUUUUUACCGAAUGCUUCAUUUUAAGCAAUGUUUUUUUCAGGAUAUACAGGUAUGCUUCUAGAAGCUUACACUAAAUUCAGUAUCAAUACUAAUAAAGAAAUAUGAAUCAGCUGCAUUUUUUAUUAUUAUGGUUUGGAGCGAGACAAUAUAACGCUGAAUAAUUGCUAUUUUUGGAGCAUUUAUUAAAUUUUGUCUUUAAAUUUAUAAAGUUAGCAGAUUUAUUUUUUUGGGGGAAGGAAGAUUGUUCACUUUCAUGUUGCAUAAACUUCAAAAGUAGCUACUUUGGCACACACACUUUCUGUAUCAUACAGUGCAUCCGGAAAAAGUAAUCACAGCGCAUCAUUUUCCACAUUUUGUUAUGUCACAGCCUUAUUCUAAAAUAGAUUAAAUUCAUUUUUCCCCCAGAAUUCUACACACAACACCCCAUAAUGACAACAUGAAAAAAGUUUACUUGAGAUUUUGGCAAAUAUAUAUAUAAAAAAAAAAAAAUGAGAACGCCCAUGUACAUGUAUUCAACAUAAUACAUUCCGGAUGCACUGUAUGUAUAACGUCAGCACCAAUACUGUGUCUUGGCCGAUUGUAAACUUUCCAGUCAGGGUGAAGCUCUUGAAGGGAAGUUCUCUUUAUAUAAAUCAUCAAAUUAUUAUUAUAAAUGUAAACUACCUUUAAAUAUGUACAUGUAAAUUAUGGUCAUGAAAUAAAUCUAGGUUGCAUGGGUUCGUGGAAUUUAAUUUACAGUUACAGAAAGCUGUAGUUACAAAAAGUUUUUCACCCCAGACAGUAGACCAUCCUAUCCUGAACUGUGCCUAUAAGCUCAUAACGUUAACGCUGUAUGAAACACAUCCAUACGACUAUACUGGCAUAAUUUGCCAUCAUGCUUCUCCUUGACUCUGUGAAAAUGUCCAAUAGCUGCUGCAUUUAAACGGAAUGUGAAGGUUAUCAAUCCUGUACCAGCCCACUUAAAUUGUGGUGAUAAAACGGUAAUGGAAAUAAACAUUUAAAUUGCUACCGA